AUGUUUCAGGCACUGGGAGGUGGAGGAAGAAGAUUCCAGAAACACGUCCACACGUAUCGCAUCCUCCCGGACGAGGAGGACUACCUGACUCUUCAGACCUCUCAGGGGGUUCAGGUUCGGAGGUUCAAGACGUUGGGGGACCUGAUUGCACUCUACCUGCAGCCCAACCAGGGGAUGGUGUGCACUCUGCUGUACCCGGUGGAGCGGGAGAAGGACAGGGCACCAGACCAAGCCAGGGCACCAGAUGGAGAAGAUGAUAAGCCGCCCCUCCCCCCGCGAUCCGCCUCCGCCAGUUUCUCCGCCGGCUCAGGGAUGAGUUUGAUGCCCUGCGGGCAGGAAGUCAGCUCUGCAGAGAGCUCCACCAAUGGUCUGAGCACCUUCUCUCACGAGUACCUGAAGGGCAGCUACGCGCUGGAUCUGGAAGCUGUGAAAUCCGGGGCCACCAACCUGCCCCACCUGAACAAAGCGCUGGUCGUCUCCUGCAAGCGCCUGCAUGGAGAGGUGGACAAAGUCUUAUCCGGGCUGGAGAUUCUCUCCAGGAUCCUCGACNUCAUGUGUCCGUCUUCUCCCCUCCGCCAGGCUGCCAAUCAGAGCGGGGACCAGGAGCUGGAAAACCUCGUCCUCAAACUCUCCAUCCUGAAGGAUUUCCUCAGCAGCAUCGAGAACCAGGCGCUGAAAGCUCUGCAAGACAUGAGCAGCUCCGCCCUCUCCGCGCCCAUCCCCCAGUCCUCCAGGAAGGUGAAGAUUAUUCCCGUGCAGACCUUUGAGGUGAAGCUGGACAUGCUGGACCUCUCCAAGAUUGUGAAGUCCCAGAAGUACACGCUGAGCGUGGACGUGGACGGCGGGAAGCUGGUGGUGAUGAAGAAGAUGAAAGACUCUCAGGAGGACUGGAACACCUUCACACACGACAAAAUCCGGCAGCUGAUCAAGUCUCAGCGAGUGCCGUCCAAGCUCGGCAUCGUCUUCGAGAAGGAAAAGGAUAAAACGCAGCGCAAGGACUUCAUAUUCGCCAGCAUUCGGAAGCGGGAAGCGUUCUGCCAACUGCUGCAGCUGAUGAAGAAUAAGCACUCCAACCAGGAUGAGCCCGAUAUGAUCUCCGUCUUCAUAGGGACCUGGAACAUGGGAAGUGUUCCUCCGCAGAAAAACAUCACUUCCUGGAUCAGCAGUCAAGGUCUGGGCAAGACUCUGGACGAGAUGGCCGUCACCAUCCCUCACGACAUUUACGUCUUCGGGACGCAGGAGAACUCGGUGGCCGACAAGGAGUGGGUGGACUUCCUGCGGGUGAUGCUGAAGGACUGCACGGAGGUGGACUACCGGCCGGUCGCCAUGCAGUCUCUGUGGAACAUAAAAAUUGUCGUCCUCGUCCGGGCGGAACACGAAAAUCGGAUCACGCACAUCAGCACGUCCAGCGUAAAGACCGGAAUCGCCAAUACUCUGGGUAACAAAGGCGCGGUGGGAAUAUCUUUCAUGUUUAAUGGAACCUCGUUCGGCUUUGUGAACUGUCACCUGACGUCGGGCAACGAGAAGACCACCAGACGGAACCAGAACUACCUGGACAUCCUGCGGCUCCUGUCGCUCGGGGACAAGCAGCUGAACUCCUUCGACAUCUCUCUGCGCUUCACACAUCUCUUCUGGUUCGGUGACCUGAACUACCGGCUGGACAUGGACGUACAGGAAAUCCUGAACUUCAUCAGCCGUAAGGAGUUUGAGCCGUUGCUGAAGGUCGACCAGCUGAACCUGGAGAAGGAGAAGAAUAAGAUUUUCCUGCGUUUUAGCGAGGAAGAAAUUUCUUAUCCCCCCACCUACCGCUAUGAGAGGGGCUCCCGGGACACCUAUGUGUGGCACAAACAUAAGCCCACGGGGGUUCGCACAAAUGUCCCUUCUUGGUGUGACCGCAUCCUGUGGAAGUCCUACCCAGAGACACACAUCAUCUGUAACUCUUAUGGUGAGCACAGCGCAUGA